UCAUUAAAAAUUAGGGAGAUUUUUAAAAACUUUUCUUAGUUUGAACAUAUUAAAAGCCUUUCUAUUUUGAAUUAUUCCAUCUUUUAUUUAAAAUAAUACCAAAUGUAUGUCUAUUUAUUUUCCAAAGCCAACAAUAUUUAGAAGCUCAAAAAAACAUUUCUUAUCUAAACGAUAAAUAGUGGAAAUAUAUUCUCAAUAAAUAAUCGUUGGCUAUUUCAUUACGAUUAAUUAACUGAAUCAACUGCUGGUCAUCACAUUUUCAGAAAAAAUGUCACCUAAAAAAAACGGAAAUUUGAUUUGGUUCCUGAUCAUUAAAGUACUUAUCGUCUCUAACGCACAGUGUUCUCAGUCUAAAUUGAACGAGUUAGCCUUGAACAAUUUUCGGGAAUAUCUUCGGAUCCCUUCAGUUCAUCCAAAUGUUAAUUAUGAUAAAUGUGUGAUUUUUCUGAGAAAGCAGGCCCAAUCCUUAAAUCUUCCAAUCAGCAUUUACGAAGUUCGUCCCAAAAAACCAGUAGUAGUUAUUACUUGGGAAGGAACGGAACCGGAAAAACCUUCUAUUUUAUUAAAUGCACACAUGGACGUUGUGCCCGUAUUUCCCGCUGAAUGGAAAUAUCCACCCUUCGCAGCCCAUAUGGAUGAAAAAGGAAACAUUUAUGCCCGAGGAAGUCAAGAUACCAAAAGUCUCAGCAUCCAACAUAUAGAAGCAAUCCGUCGAUUAAAAUUGAAUGGAAUUCGAUUAAAGAGGACAAUUCACAUCUCGUUCGUACCAGAUGAAGAAAUUGGUGGAAAAAAUGGAAUGAAACCUUUCGUAGCAACUCAGGAUUUUAGAAAUUUAAAUAUUGGUUUUGCACUAGACGAAGCUCGUGCUUCUUCGGAUAAUAGAUUUACUGUGGCUUAUGGAGAAAGAACAGUAUUCCAAUUAUGGGUAAAUUGUACCGGUAAACCUGGCCAUGGUUCAAUAUUAUUUGACAAUACUGCUGGUGAAAAAUUACGAGUUGUCAUCGAUAGAUUCAUGGAUUUCAGAGCUUCAGAAAAGGCGAAAUUAAGAGAUCCAAAAGUACAGCCUGGAGAAGUUACUUCAGUAAAUUUGGAUAUGACUCGAGGUGGUGUUCAGGUGAACGUGAUACCAAACGAACUUUCUGUUGCUUUUGACAUUCGAAUUGCGCCUGGUGUUAAUCACACAAAAUUCGAAAAUAUGAUUAUUGGAUGGUUAAAGGAAGCUGGAGAGGGUGUCAAUUAUACAUUUAUACAAAAAGAUCUGCCUGUAGAAAAUACAAAAUUGGAUGCAAGCAAUAUUUUCUGGCAGGCUUUUGAAAAGGCUUGUGAUAAUAAUGGCUUCAAAUUAUAUCCCCAGAUUUUAGCAGGUGCUUCAGAUGCACGCUAUUUAAGAGAACUCGGAAUCCCAGCCCUUGGAUUUUCACCAAUGAAUAAUACAACACCACUUCUUCAUGAAAAUAAUGAAUAUUUGAAUAAGGAUAUUUUUCUCAAAGGAAUUGAUGUAUUCGUGAAAAUUAUACCAGCUGUAGCAAAUGCGUGAUGGAGGAUUAGUAAUUUCUGAAUAUUACAAGCUUCAACGUCAAAAAAAUUUAAUAAAUAAUGCUAAAAAAA